AUGAACCUGGAAGAGUGGUACUUCCAAACACCCGUCGUGACCAGGUGUUACCUGACCAUGUCGUUUUUAAUUACCGCCGGGUGCGCGUUAGAGGUCAUAUCCCCAUUCUCGGUGUACUUCAACUCGAACUUGGUCUUUCGCGAGUACCAACUUUGGCGGUUAAUCACAAACUUUUUCUUCUUUGGCGCCUUGGGAUUGGAUUUCGUCUUCCACAUGUUCUUCCUCGCCCGGUAUUGCCGAAUGCUCGAGGAAGGGACGUUUCGAGGGAAAUCGGCGGAUUUCUUCUGGAUGCUCGCGUUCGGGGCGAGUUUAUUAACGAUGAUCGCACCGUUCGUGAACGUGCAGUUUUUAGGGAGCAGUUUGACGUUUAUGAUGGUGUACGUGUGGGGGAGGAAGAACGAAAACGUGAACAUGUCCUUUCUCGGGUUGUUUUCGUUCACGGCGCCGUAUUUGCCGUGGGUGUUGUUGGCGUUUAGCACGUUUUUGGGAUCGAGUCCGGUGGUAGAUUUGUUGGGGUGCGCUGUUGGGCAUCUUUAUUUCUUUUUGUGGAGCGUGUAUCCGGAGAUGACGGGCAGGAGGGUGGUAAAGACGCCGAAAGUGGUGAAGUUUUUGUUUCGGGAAAACGCCGGCAACGGAGGAAGCGACGUGAACAUUCGGUUAGCCGGGGGAGGUUUUGGAAGAGAAGACGACGAAGAAGGGGACGAGAGAGGCGUGUUGAGAAGAGCCGGGGUUUUGUUCGGUCAGCAACGAGACGAACCGCGCGCGAGGAGAGAAAACCGGGCGAGCAGUAGCGACUCGGAUGAGGACGAAGAGCGGGAGGAGAACGCCGCGGACGACGAGAGCAACGAUAUUAACAACGAAGGAGAGAACAAUAGCUUACGUAGACGCGAAAUAGCGGCGGGCGCUGCUGAAAAUAGAAGACGAGAGUGGUACGACGAGUAA